AUGGAGGGCAGUCCCAGAUCCAGUCGUGACUUGGAGCUGGCAUCCAAAGACCAUGGCGAUGCUACGAAGGUUCUCGUCAUAGAACGUCAUGGAACCGUAUUCACCUCUUUCAUGCACAUCGUCACCGCCAUCAUGGGAGCCGGCGUGCUGGGCCUGCCCAAUGCACUGUCCUGGCUUGGUUGGGUGGGCGGGCUGGCGCUGAUGACCACAUUCUAUGGCGUCACGCUCUACUGCGCCCACCUCCUGAUCGAGACGGUGGACGUGAAGGGCAGGAAGGCGCGGACCUACCGGGAGGCCACCGAGAACAUUCUGGGCCCCCUGGCAGGCAAGCUGCUGGCCGGUCUGCAGCUGAGCACGCUCAUCCUGGUCAGUCUGGCAUACUUCAUCACCGCCGGCACAUCGGGACGGGCAGCCCUCGUGGCAGUGGGGCACUACGGUGUGGACCCAGCCCUGUGGCCCGUCAUCCUGGCCUUCUGCGGCAUGCAGCUGUUCCUGGCGCAGAUGCCCAACCUGGACUCCACCUGGAUCAGCUCCACGGUGGGAGCCACCAUGUCCAUCGGCUACUCCAUCAUCGCCCUGGGCCUGUGCCUCGCCCAGGCCGGCCACCGGCAGGGCACGCUCGGGGGCAACUCGGACGUGACCACGGCGGCCAAAGUGUUUGGGGUCAUGAAUGCCACCGGGCAGGUGGCCUUUGCCCUCAACUUUGCGGCCAUCCUAGUGGAGGUCCAGGACACGCUCCGGGAGCCACCCGCCGCCGAUGUGGCCAUGAAACGCGCCACCGGCCUUGCCAUCACCUUUGUAUUCCUGUUCUAUAUGGCCGUCGCCAUCUCGGGGUACCUCGCGUUUGGCGACACCGUGGCCGGCUCAGUUCUGGCCGAGCCGGCCAUCGGCCCCGUAUGGGUGAUCGUGCUGGGCAACAUAAUGGUCUUCAUCCACAUGCUGUGUGCCGUGCAGCUCCUCUCCCAGCCGGUGUACGCCGCGAUGGAGUCAGCGUUGGCCCAGCGGUCACGCCGGGCGCGGGCCAGCCCCCUGGCGGUGCGCAUCGUCUGGCGCUCGCUCUACACCCUGCUCCUCACCUUCGUGGCCUGCCUGGUGCCCUUCUUUGCGGACGUGGUGGGCCUGGUGGGCGCGCUCUUCUACUGGCCCACCGUCGUCGUCUUCCCCGUGGUGAUGUGGCUGGCGGUGUACCCCGCCCCCCGGGUCAAGCGCUGGGCCAUGCAGGGCCUGAACGCAGGGGUGCUGGUCGUGUGCCUGGUGGCGGCAGUGGGGGCCAUGAGCUCCAUCGUCCGGAACGCCAGCACCUACGGCCUGUUCCACUGA